GGUUAGCUCGCUCCUUUCAGUUCUCUCAGGUCGACGCGGUUUUGAUUCACUCUUCCUCCUCGCGUCUCACCGCCUCCUCUCUCAGCUCUCUAACACGAGGGAAAAGAAAACACUAUUUCUUUUUUUAAAACAUAAGUAUUUUUUUAAGUUCUUUUCCCCCCUCAACAAAACAUGGCCGACACCGCUGUAGAUACGACCACCACCACCACCGCAGAGGUGACCGCAAAGGAUCUGAAGGAGAAGAAAGAAGUUGUGGAGGAGGUGCAGGAGGAGGAGAAGAAGGAGAACGGCAAUGGAGAGGCACCUGCUAAUGGCACAGAGACUAACGGUGCAUCUCACGAAGAAACCGACAAAGAGGACAAAGCAGCCAAAGAACCAGCUGCAGAGGGGGAGGGUGAGGAGGAGGAGGAGGAGAAGCCUGCUGAAGAGGAAGCAGAUGGGCAGGCAGUGAAACGUCCUGCAGAGGAGGAGGAGUCAGCCGAAACAAAGAAACAGAAGACAGAGGAGAACGGCGAGUCCACAGAAGCUGCUGAGGCUGAAGCAAAAGCCUAGAGCUAAUCUGUUCGGUCAAUCAGACCUAGUAGAUUUUGUGCUUCUGUGUAUAUUUUCAUUCUGCCCUUAUUCAAUUACACUGAAGCCUGUAACAUCAUGACACCCCCCACCACCUAUUUUUUUUUUUUUCUCCCUCCUUUUUGUAUGAUGUUAUUUAUUGGUGUAGGAACAACGUUAGGGUCCUGUUAUUAAAUAUUCAAGAUAAUUUUUUUAUGCACAAGUUUAAAAUGUGCAAGCACAUCUUCUACUGUGUUUUUUUGACCAGCAGAGCAUACUUAAAAAAAAAAAAAAAUAACGUACACGUUGCCGUAUAUAACGUACCCCCAUUUUUCCCUUCAUGUUCUGAUGUUUAUAUGGGUGAUCAUAUAAUUCAGAUCCACUUAAGACCAAAGAUGAAAGUUUUAAGCAGGGGCUAAUGGACAACAAAAUCCUAGUUGUUUUCUGCUGCUAGUAGUUAAUCCCUUGCUUUGGCUUAUCUGUCAACACACCGCAGCAGAUGGCGUCCAUGAAUGGGUCUCCUCACUGCGCAAGAGUCGAAGACUUUUGUCCUUUUUCUGGUUAGCUUAUGUUAAUUAACCCCUCUUAAACCUUAAUGUUUUUGGUCUUUUGUUUCAUAUGCAUUCCAGGAGGUUUGUACUUUUUCAAGUCUUUGUGUACAGUUUGAUUUUGUUUUUUUUAAAUGGGCAGUGCAGGAUGGGAAACGGUCAACAUGCCGGCACUGGUGUUUUAUUUUUUAUUUUUCUGGAUUUUUUUUUUUGUUGCAUUUGACCACUGCUUUGUAUAUUCUGGUUCAGGCGUAUAAAUAAAAAAAAUCACUCGUCUUUUUAAA